UCUUCUCUCGGGUGAAUUUUGAUUCGGAAGAAGGUGAAGCACUUCCAUCUUCUUCCUCUAGCAACACCGUCACCGGAGUAGAGCAAGAUCAACCGAGUGAAAAUCAUAUUAGCGACGGUGGGAAUCUUGAUUUAGAAACAUUUCGAUCCUCUUCCGAUGCAAUCCUCAUGCUCCCAACUGAAAGAAAAGCACUUCCAUCUUCUUGCUCAAGCAUAAUCGGAAGCAACAGAUUAGUAGAGCAGCAAGGUCAAGUAGAGCAGCAGCAAGCUCGAGUAGAGCACAAUUUCUUGACAUGUUUUGAUUCUGACAACAUCUCCUUGAGAUGUUUUGAUUCUGUUGAAAGUUCUGGCCAGAGAAUGAAUCAAAUAAAGAGGGAUUUGGGCUUGAGAGAUUGUGACGAUGGCUCUAAAGAUAUAGAUUUCAGUGUCUAUAUGACCAUACCUCCUCGUCUUCUAAAGCAAAGAGUUCUUAUGCCCGGAACACAAGAACAAGAAGUUGUUGUGCCCGGAACACAAGAACAAGAAGCGGUAACACAAGAACAAGAAGCGGUAACACAAGAACAAGAAGUUUUGCCGGUAAAAGUAUACCUUCCUAAGAAGAAGAAGAAGCAGCCCAAGAAAGGUCGGGAACCGUUUCAAAAGUUAGACUGGUCUUUAGUCACUGUUCCUGACAACAACACAACUCCUUCUUCUCGAACUGUGGAUGGAGGAGCAGAUAAAGUCUCAGCUUCAAAGGAUCGACAUGUUGAACUUUCCACUUUGUCUCAAACUGUGGAUGGAGGAGACUCUGCCAACUCAUCUUCAAAUGAUAACUCAGUUUGCACCUCUAACAACAACACAACUCCUUCUUCUCGAUCUGUGGAUGAGGAGCAGAUAAAGUCUCAGCUUCAAAGGAUCGACAUGUUGAACUUUCCACUUUGUCUCAAACUGUGGAUGGAGGAGACUCUGCCAACUCAUCUUCAAAUGAUAACUCAGUUUGCACCUCUAACAACAACACAACUCCUUCUUCUCGAUCUGUGGAUGGAGGAGCAGAUAAAGUCUCAGCUUCAAAGGAUCGACAUGUUGAACUUUCCACUUUGUCUCAAACUGUGGAUGGAGGAGACUCUGCCAACUCAUCUUCAAAUGAUAACUCAGUUUGCACCUCUAACAACAACACAACUCCUUCUUCUCGAUCUGUGGAUGGAGGAGCAGAUAAAGUCUCAGCUUCAAAGGAUCGACAUGUUGAACUUUCCACUUUGUCUCAAACUGUGGAUGGAGGAGACUCUGCCAACUCAUCUUCAAAUGAUAACUCAUCUCGAUCUGUGGAUGGAGGAGCAGAUAAAGUCUCAGCUUCAAAGGAUCGACAUGUUGAACUUUCCACUUUGUCUCAAACUGUGGAUGGAGGAGACUCUGCCAAAUCAUCUUCAAAUGAUAACUCAGUUUGCACCUCUAACAACAACACAACUCCUUCUUCUCGAACUGUGGAUGGAGGAGCAGAUAAAGCCUCAGCUUCAAAGCCUCAGCUUCAAAAGAUCGACCCAGUUACCACUUUGUCUCAAACUGUGGAUAAAGGAGCAGACAGAGCCUCAGCUGAACAUCUAAAGAAAUUGAACGUUUCACUUGAGGAAUUAAAAAGACAACUAAAACAGCUUGAAGACAUUUUGCCUAAAGGCUUUUGUAGAGAGGACGUGGAAGAGU